CCCAGUGCAGUACAGUGUAGUGGCAGGGACAUGAGGGGCUACCCCCGCAAGACGUGCAAGAAGGCGCAGGCCGCCAGCAUGUCACUGCUGUGCCACGGCCAAGGUCACGGCCACGGCCGGCACGGCGAGGAGGGGCUGUCCGCGCUUUGCGAGGGCGUGGGCGGCGAGACCUGCUACCCCGUCCUGCACAAGCUGCGGCGCCCCGGCCGGGGAUUCUGCGGGGACCCCCAGCAGAUCGGCGACGCCGAUGAGAUCACCAUCGCGUCCUCCAGCGCCCGGCGCGCCCUGCAGGCGUCGCUCAUCUUCGGGGUCCCGAGGCGGUCGCCGCCGCCCAGUGUGCCGCCCAGCGUGUUCGGCAAGCACAGCCAGCACGGCGCGGCCAGCGCCAACAGGCUCCUGGGUGCGUGGUCCCCGCGGUCCACGGCGGGGGUCAAGGUCACGGCCUUGGUCAAGGUCAAGGUCACUCGGUGACGUCCGCGUCUGUACAGAGAGCGAGCUGAACCUGGCGACGCGGCGCCCGCCCGACCUGGAGGGGGACGC